AUGACAUUUCUGUUGGAACUGUUGGCUAAUCGCAUUCUUCCCGACCUCACUCAUGAUGUGAAUGUGCACAAAUAUGAGCAGCACCUUCACCAAGCCCUUUCAGUACCUAAAAAUGUGCUCUGCCCAGGUCUGUUUCCUCCUCUACAGAAAUUCACCCUGUCUAUUACAAAGAUUCACGCCAGAGAGAUCUUUGACUCCCGUGGAAAUCCCACUGUUGAGGUUGAUCUUUAUACUGCAAAAGGUCUCUUCAGAGCUGCUGUACCCAGUGGUGCAUCAACUGGUAUCUAUGAGGCUCUGGCGCUCCGGGACAAUGAUAAGACUAGGUAUCUGGGGAAAGGUGUCUCAAAGGCUGUUGAGCACAUCAAUAAAACUAUUGCGCCUGCCCUGAUUAGCAAGAAACUGAAUGUUGUGGAACAGGAGAAGAUUGACAAGCUAAUGAUUGACAUGGAUGGAACUGAGAAUAAAUCAAAAUUUGGUGCCAAUGCCAUUCUGGGAGUGUCUCUUGCUGUCUGCAAGGCUGGAGCCGUUGAGAAGGGGGUCCCCCUGUAUCGGCACAUUGCUGACUUGGCCAGCAAUUCUGAAGUCAUUCUGCCAGUUCCCGCUUUCAAUGUCAUCAACGGUGGCUCUCAUGCUGGCAACAAGCUGGCUAUGCAGGAGUUCAUGAUUCUCCCUGUCGGAGCAGCAAGCUUCAAAGAAGCCGUGCGCAUCGGGGCUGAGGUUUACCACAACCUGAAGAACGUCAUCAAGGACAAGUACGGCAAGGAUGCCACCAAUGUGGGGGAUGAAGGUGGCUUUGCCCCUAACAUCCUGGAGAACAAAGAAGCCCUGGAACUGCUGAAGACUGCGAUUGGGAAAGCUGGCUACACUGACAAGGUGGUGAUUGGCAUGGACGUUGCUGCCUCAGAGUUCUUCCGCUCUGGGAAGUACGACCUGGACUUUAAGUUUCCUGAUGACCCCAGCAGGUACAUCUCACCUGACCAGCUGGGAGACCUGUACAAGUCCUUCAUCAGGGACUACCCAGUGGUGUCUAUCGAAGAUCCCUUUGACCAGGAUGAUUGGAGCGCCUGGACAAAGUUCACUGCCAGUUCAGGGAUCCAGGUGGUAGGAGACGAUCUCACUGUCUCUACAUUGAAAAGAAUUGGAAAAAGUUCAGGAGAUGGCCACUGGCUUCCAAAAUCAUCAUUACAGAAUUUUAACUUUGUGGGUUAUUUCUACAGCAGCAUGGAGCUGAAAAAGCAGCUUCAAUGCCAACUCUGGUGA